UUAUAAAACUUAUAAAUUAAUAAAAUUUUACUUUAUUUUUAAAAUAUGAUUUCAAAAUCCCUUUUAGUUUUAUUGAUAGCAUUUGCCACAAGUGAGGCAUUUGUCCCGUGCGUUGAUGUGUCGGGUCAUAAGGGCCAUUGGUUGGGUCGUGACCAACAAUGUGCAGCCCUCGUACAAUCCCAAUGUCACCGCCAACCGGGCAGUAAACAGAUCGGACUGACCAGCACUUGGAGGAAAGGUGUUCACGUUAAAGACAAUUGCGGCAAAAUUCCUGCCCUUACAGCUAUCGCUACAUUUUUGGGACCAAACGAUCAUUACGAUGAACCUCAUCUCCAUCAACAUACAGCUAUCUUUGUUAAGUGCGAGGAGGCGGGUAUCAGAGUGUGGGACCAGUGGGCCGGUACACCUAUUGGCUCUCGUAUUAUCAGAUGGACCAGUGGUUCAUCGCCACAAUAUACGGGUAUUAAUUUCUGGACUAUUGCUUAAAAACCUUAAAACUUUUAUUGUAUAUUAUAAUAAAAUUAUUGUUUAUACUGUUUGAAAAUAUUAAUAAAGAAAUUAUAAUAUU